ACGGACGACGAAACCCGAACCAGAUCGGAGAAAGGAGAAGCCAGCCAAAGCCAACCCUAGCCCAAAAAUCGAAGAGCGGAGAAGAGGAAUGGAAAGGGGCGGCGCACAGGCCGCGUCGUCGUCGACAUCUCUGGGGAGCAUCAUAGCCUUGGUGGAAGAUCCAAUCGAGGUGGGAACAGUGAUUCAGAGCGGCAUGGCGCAAGUGUUCGAAUCUUGGAAGGCUCUACGGAACGGAAUCUUGGGCGACGGGAAACCAUCCGAGGAGAAGAGAAGAAGGAUGGAGGACGGCAGAGCACAAGGGGUCGUAUCGUCGGGGGCCGAACGGAGCAGAAGAACUUCCGGCGACGGCUUCACCGAUGCCGAGCUCCUUGACGACUGCAAGCAUCGUGAUGGAUCCAUCUACAGACGCACCGAUUAUUUCGGUAGACGUUAUCGUCUCCAUGAUAUCAGCGGGACUUGUUUGGAGCCAAUGAUCAUGUCGCAGCCAUUCACCUCUUGCCAGCCGAACUGGAAGGAUUGCAAAACACAUUCCUCUUUCCCCAUGCUGCAGAUAUUCUCGCUAAAGCUAGCUCAUUCUGUUGUUGAUGGCCCAGUUCAGCUGUAUGGAUACUUGGCCGUCCGGGAUGUUUUGAACCCUCUGCGUAACUACAUCUUCAACCGCACUAGGGCUGACCCUUUCAUUGUGGAGCGGGGUGGCUUUAUACAUAUGUCUGGCCCCAAGAGAGGCAUCACAAUGGACGCUAUGGUGCUAACUGAGUUCGACAUGAAGAUCAGGAGAGGCAAAGAAGGAGGUGAUUUGCAGCUAAUUGACGGUGCUAUCGUCUUCAACAACUUUGGCUGUAGACAUGGUAGAUUAAACACACAACGGAUUCAUGGUGAUAGUGGCGCAGUGGACAUAAGUUUUGCACUUCUGCACCGUGCGGUGGAGGCCACGGUACAGGUUGAGAUAUCAGAGUUACGGCAAGGCAGUGGCUUAAGCCUGUGUUUGACAGCGUCUCAUCUUAGUGAUUAUUUACUUGACGAAAUCCGGCUGUUUGAUGGUGUUAUUGCUGCCGGGGGAUGUGAGCUAAAAAGGUCUGUGGUUGCUGUUUUGUAUGAUAGUAAGUUUCUUGUAGCAUUGAAGCUCAGUCAGGCAGGUGGCUCAGAUCAUCGUGUGAUUCAUCGUUUGUGUGUCUGCCAGCCUGCAUUGCAUGGAGAUACCAUCUUCAUUUUGAAGCUUGGUUUCACCACUAUACAGCUGAAGGCUUGUAAUUUCUUGUGGCCAAGUUCCAAUCCCGAUGCUGGCUGUGGGGCUUCAAUUAAUGAAAACAGAGAAGUAAUAUACUCCUAACUGAUACUGGAAUGUACUUGAAUGCAAUGUUAUCAGCAAUGUUUCGAUGACUUUGUUUUUCCAUUAUGUUUUGCUAUUUGUUUGGUAUUAGGUA